AGUACCGUGUUUAUCUCGUCGUUAACUCUACGCUGUUUUCUGUUGUGUACUAAAUAAAUCAAUCAGAUCUCUUCAACCCCCUUUCCCUUAAUCAUUAAUUCCGGCUAUUGUCCAUUUGCCUCCGGCGAAACCCUUUUUUCCCUCUCGGAUUCUUAUCGCUUUUUUUUGGGAGUAGAAAUUUGAGGGUUUUCAAUUUCAUCGUCUCGAAAACCCUAAAAUCAGAGCUCUCCGAAAUCCUUUGAUUUCUUGAAAUUAUUGGGUUUUUAAUCUCAAUCUUCAGCUCAAUCGAGUCUUCGCAUGAUCAAACCCCGAUUUUAUAUCCCUUCACGCGAUCUGGGAUUCAGUGAUCACAAAGAAAACCUUAGGGCCUAUGGAUAUUGAUGGGAGCAAGCGAAUUUUCCGGCGGCUUGGCCCUUCACAAGGCGAUAACGGUAGUAAACAGCAGCAGAAAGUUUGUUUCCAUUGGCGAGCUGGUCGGUGCGAUAGAUUUCCGUGCCCGUUUUUACACAGGGAACUGGCUGCGCCGCCGCCUCAGACGCAAGGCUCAUUGACUAACGGUACGGCGUCGUCGAAGCGGUCUCAUGGGUACUCCGAUGAUUACCGGGGCGGGCCGCGGAGGAAUACGAAUUUUAAUAACAAUUGGGGUCGAAAUCCGGCUCAUGGCGGCGGCAACAGCACUAGAGCUGUGACGAAAACGGAGAAAAUUUGUACGUAUUGGGUUCAAGGGAGCUGUAAAUUCGGCGAUAACUGCCGCUUUUUGCAUUCCUGGAUCACGGGGAACUGCUUUUCGUUGUUGACAACACUUGAAGGCCACCAAAAGGUUGUUAGUGGAAUUGCUUUACCAUCUGGCUCAGACAAGCUCUAUUCAGGAAGUACUGAUAAGACCGUGAGAGUAUGGGAUUGCCAAUCAGGGCAGUGUGCAGGGGUUGUCAAUGUUAGUGGUGAAGUAGGUUGUAUGCUAAGUGAAGGGCCAUGGAUAUUUGUUGGCAUUACAAAUCUUGUCAAGGCGUGGAAUGCUCAAACAGCAGCAGACCUGAAUUUAACUGGUCCAGUUGGGCAAGUUUAUUCCAUUGUUGUGGGUAAUGAUAUGCUCUUUGCUGGUACAGAGGAUGGGAUAUUAGCAUGGAAAUUUAAUGUGGCCACCAACUGUUUUGAGCCAGCUGCAUCACUCAAGGGUCACUCUCAUCAUGUUGUGUCACUGGUUGUAGGAGGCAAUAGACUGUAUUCUGGUUCCAUGGAUAACACUAUAAGAGUAUGGAGCCUUGAAACUUUGCAGUGCCUACAGAUUUUGACGGGUCACACCAGCGUUGUGAUGUCAGUUCUUUGUUGGGACCAGUUUCUUUUAUCAUGUUCUUUGGACAAAACAGUAAAAGUCUGGGUUGCUAACGAGAGCGGGAGCUUGGAAGUGACAUACACCCACCAGGAAGAACAUGGAGUGCUAGCCCUGUGUGGAAUGCAUGAUGCAGAGGCCAAGCCGGUACUGCUUUGCUCUUGCAAUGACAAUACAGUUCAUGUGUAUGAUCUUCCAUCCUUUUCUGAGAGGGGGAAGAUAUUCUCCAAAGAGGCAAUACGUUGCAUAGAGAUUGGCCCUGGUGGUUUGUUUUUCACGGGUGACGAAUCAGGUCAAGUACGAGUGUGGAAGUGGUUGGCGGAAACGACUACGGCAGCAUAAGGGGCAACUAAAUUCAUUUACCGUAACGUAUUUCUAUUGUUAUGGUCUGUAUAUUUUCCCCCUUCACUCAUUUAUGAGCUCAUGAAGAAGGCAUAAGAUAAGGAAUAGCAGUUUUGAUCUGUUAGCGAUGGCAGUCAUUAGCUUGUCAGAGUAGGCGGCUCCUUCUCCUUGUACCUGUUCCGAGGAAAGGUUGGGGAGUAUAAGAGUAUUUCUCCUGUUCUUUCCUUAAAAUCUAGAAAUAAUGGUAUUCUUGUAAUUUUCGAAUGAGGCCCUUAUUAAUGUCUCUCUGAUAUACGACCCCAGAUUACAUUUCCUGAAUUAUUUUGAUAUGGGUGUUGCAUUGAGGAUGUUGUAACUCUUCUUUUGAUUGCUUAUGAGCUUUCUCUGGUCCCUGUGGCUGUGAUUAGUGAUAGUGCAAGUGAAAUUCCUGUUUUGUACUCUUUUCAGAAAAUUGCACAUUUCUGUUA